UUACGGAUGAUUGAAUAUAGGACAUGCGACCUUAACCUUUUAAUUCUACGAAAAUGAUAAUUGUUUAAAUCAAUACACUUAUACUUGUUGAUACAAGUGUAACGGUUUGAAUACAAUAACUUUGGAUUUAAAUUGACCUGUGUGCAAAGCGCUUUAUUAACCUGACAUAAUAUACGCUGCACAAAGGUUUAUACAUUAAUGUAAAAAGUGCAUAAAUGAUGAUAAAUAAAUACAAUGCAUGAAUGAUAAUGCACAUUACGUAUACAGGGACUAGAUAUAGGCUUCAUAAUGGAUGUUAACUAGUACCCAGUUAAAAUCAGAAUGUAGAUGUAUUGAUUUGAAAACUGGAUUAUACAUUUAUGGAUGAAUUAAUCGAGGUUUUAGAAGCGCUUGUUAAAUACGAUAAUACAGUAUAAUUGUUAAGUUGUUUUGUACAAACAGGAAGUGUUUGUACGAAGAUAAAUGGAUCAGUCGAAGUCCAGACCAGAUACACUACCAGUUACAGCUGAGACAGAGCUACCUGGUGCAGGUUUUCCUAGGGGCUUUGGACAUCUGUCCCCUGGAACUGUUGUAUUUCACCACACAAAAGUGAAAUAUGUCCCAUUAUUUGCACAGAGGUCUUCUGCAGACACGAGAGACCAGGGUUCUCAAGCUGAUACUGAAACACGCAUUCAUGCUUCAUCAAACACACAGAUAGAGUGUGAAACCGGUAAUACAAGCAACGAAGAAAAUAUAACAGAAAAAGAAUGUCCGGCUGAUGAAUAUUCCAGAGAGGAGAUAAUCAGAAUAAACCUGGAACAACACUUGAUAUACAUCAGUCAUUGUAUCAAAUCAGACGAUCUGAUUUUACAUCUGCACUGCUUUUCUGAAGAACAAAAGUCAGAUAUUCUCUCGGAGAAAAAUCUUAUAAAGGCAUCAAGAAAGGCCCUAGAAAUGUUAUUACAUAAUGUUGAGGAACCAGGAAGAUUUGUUGAACUGAGGGAUGCUCUUUCUGAAAAUGAUGGUUAUCCAAAGAUUGUGAGUAUCCUGGACGGCGAAUACAACCCAGAGGAUCAGAACUACGUCAAGGUUGUAGAACUCUUUACACCCGAAAUAAUCGUGCGUCUAGAACCAUCAGAGUUAUUGCCUCAUCUACUGCAAAAAGGCGUUUUCAAACAAAUGGAUGUAGAAGAAAUAAGAGCGGAGGAGAAAAACCAUGGGAAGAUGAGAGCUGCUUGUGUUUUACUGAUGUACUUACCACGUCGCACUGUGGACUGGUUCAGAUGUUUCUUGCGGGUCUUGAUCAAUUGCGACCUUGAGGAUAUUGCUGAAAUGCUUGAUCCAGACAUGUUCAAAGAUAUCAAACAGGUACAGACAAAUGUACAAAGCCGUGAAAUAACUUCCAUUAAAAGUUCAAAUGAAUCCAGAAGUGCAAAACCAAAAGUAGCUCCAAAGCCUAGGUUUAGAUGGCGGCCAAGUAAAGUGAAUAAUAAUACAAGUCAAACGAAGGACAGUUUGAGUUCAAAUGCAGAAUCAAAUGAAAACGCUGAAACGAAAAUUUCCGAAAAAGUAGACGACGACUUGAUGAAAGCUGAUAAGGAAGAAGUAAUUUAUUCUCGAAAUAACAAGACAAAGAGUCCUAAAGCCGAAGAAGCAUUAGAAAAUAGUGAUGAUGUGGUGAUCAUUUCGGACUUCAGUGACGAAAAAUUAGAUUACCUCACAGAUAAUGUUGCCGAAAGAAAGAAAAUAGACAAGACUAUGGCAGACUGUGAUGCCGAAAUCCUUUGGCCUGAUAAAAAACGAGGGAAAACUCAAAUUCUUUUGCGAUCUAUUUCAAAGGACAAAACGGACGCCACCACAUGGUCAAGGAAAAAGAAAGUCUGGAAACUUAACGUUAUUGUAACAUUUAAAAAGCUAUUUUAUCAGGUUGCUGUGCCUGAAAACAGGUCUAAGUGUGCUUUGUCAAGUGUAAGCAAAAUCAUGUGCCGAAAAACCACAGCAUGUAAACAACACAUUACACCGGGAAGGAGUAAACAAUUAUAUGGUAAGAGACAAACCGCCGAAAUACAUGAAAGCCCCGGUACGACGAAGUCAGGCACAUGUUUUUCAUAUGCAAACGUUGGGACGGCAUUAGAAACAGAGUCGAGUUGUAUGAGUAGAAACGCUAAAACGGCAUCCAAAGAAGAACCAAAUGCAUCAGAACUAGAGUCAAAUCUUGAAAAUAGAAAUGAUCAAACACUAGCAAAUGAAAUGAUUCAUGAAUCAGAACCAGACGUAUUCAGUUCAGAGGAAAUGCAAAGAUAUGCAAUAUGUAAAAUGACCUGCGGAAGACGUAUAUCAGUUAUGAAAGGAUCACUAGUGGAUCUUAGAGUAGAUGUAAUGGUAAACACUACAGACAAGGCUCUUUCAUUAACAACAGGGCUUGCAGAGACCAUAAGUGAGAAAGGAGGAGAACAGAUAAGGACUGCGUGUUACAAGUAUUUUCAAACACAAGGAAGCAUAGAUGAGGGAGAAGUAUUUGUAAGCGAGGCUGGCAGUCUUCCUGCUAAACAUGUGGUGCACGUAAAUAGCCCAAUUUGGAGAGAAGGGCCAGCAGAUGAGCAGCACAAAUUACUCAGACAAACAGUCAGGAAAGCUAUGAUGCAAGCUUCAGUUAGAAAUGCACAGACAAUUGCAUUACCAGCAAUCAGUUGUGGAAUUUCUGGAUUUCCACUGAAGACGGCGACAAGACAAAUAGUGUGUGCAGUGAGAAACUUCUUCCGGGAGGAGCAAUCGAGUAGCUUGAAGCAUGUUUAUCUUGUAGACAUUUACCAAGAUAUUGCGAAAAGAUUUCAAGAAGCUUUGUACAGUGAAUUUAAAGAUGACACGAAAUGUGUUGUAGAGGCGGUGAAAGAAUCUUGAUAAAAAAUAAUAUAUGCAAUGUGCAAUGCGAACGUACUUGUUAAUAAUGUCCAUUUUGGUGCCAUAUUGUGUUCAGAAAAAGAGUAUGAAUAGGUGGAUUUCCGCGUACAAAGGAGUUAACAGUUGUUUGAAUGUGCAAUCUUCUGAUUGGUUAAUUGAUCUAAUUCAUGAAUUUAGCUAGACAUGCUGGAAGCCAUCAUAGAAUAGUAGAGCUAUUGGACUCGCCCAUGCGCUGGCGUGCGCGUCCGCGUCCGCGUCCGCGUCUGCGUCUGCCGAUUUGGUUAAGGUUUUGUAUGUAAGCUGGUGUCGCAGUAACCACUUGUGGGAAUGGAUUGAAACUUCACACACUUAUUCACUGGGAUAAACAGACUUACAUUGCACAGGUUCCAUAACUCUAUUUUGCUUUUUUACAAAAUUAUGCCCCUUUUUUGACUUAGAAAUUUUUGGUUAAGGUUUUGUAUGUAAGCUGGUAUCUCAGUAACCACUUGUGGGAAUGGAUUGAAACUUCACACACUUAUUUACUGUGAUAAACUGACUUACAUUGCACAGGUUCCAUAACUUUAUUUUGCUUUUUUACAAAAGUAUGCACCUUUUUUCGACUUAGAAAGGUUUGGUCAAGGUUUUGUUUGUAAGCUGGCAUCUCAGUACUCACUAAUGGGAAUGGAUUGAAACUUCACACACUUGUUCACUGUCAAGGUCUGACAUGCACAAAGCAGGUCCCAUAACUCUAUUCGUUUUUUAUUUCAAAAUUAUGCCCCCUUUUCGACUUAACAGUUUUUGGUUAAGUUUUUGUAUGUAAGCUGGUAUCUCAGUAUCCACUUAAGGGAAAGGCUUGAAACUUCAAACACUUGUUCACUGUCAUGAUAUGACAUGCAGUGCAAAGGGUCAUUAACUCUACUUCGCAUUUUACAAAAUUAUGCCCCUUUUUCAACUUAGGAGCUUUUGGUUAAAUUCUUAUAUGUAAGCUGGUAUCUCAGUACCCACUAAUGGGAAUGGAUUGAAACUUCACACACUUUUUCAAUGUCAUGAGCUGAUAAGCACUAUGCAGGUUCCAUAACCCUGUUUUGCUUUUUUACUAAAUUAUGACCCUUUUACGACUUUUGUAUUCAUUCAAUUGACAAGGCUGUUGAAUAGUCGAGCGUUGCUGUCCUCCGACAGCUCUUGUUGUUAUGUGAAGUUCAGGUUGUUCAGUAUAACAGCUUGACUUAAUUUAACAACAGUUAAUAUUUUCAAGAUCAAUGAAAGGUACAUGGUCAAACAAACUCGUUAUGUUUGGGAACAUGUUUGAAUGUUUGGGAUUCUAAUCUACGUAGAACUGAAAAACUUCUAUACUAUUACUGUUAUAUUACAAUAAGGUAUGUUUUUGUACAUAAUGGCUUUUAUUACAUUACUCCAUAUUUAAGUCGCAGGUCCAUGGCUAUAUGACUGUUUUAUAUUCAACAAUUGUUUACUGGGCCAGUAGGACAAACUGUUAAAGAUAAAACUGAAAAAUUACUUUUAGAUAUCAUGAAAUUGACUUGCCGUUCCAUAGUCAAAACGUCGGAUCUCGGGCAGUAGUUUUGACUGCGAUUACUGUAUAUAUCGCAUCAUAAUCGUGUUAUUAUUGCAUGACUUAAUGUAUCAAUCGCCGGGCCAUAGGUUUUGCUGUAUGACCGGUCUAUAUUUAACAUAUGUUUACACAUCUAAUAAGUAAAAAAUUUAAAAAUAAAACUGUGAAAAUUGA